ACAAACGAAACCACCAAAAUUGAGUAAGAAGUAGAAAGUGACUGCAUCAACAUGCGAUGAUCAGGUGAAAUUUGGAAACGUAUGCAAGCCUUCCUGCUCACCAAGUUUGUUGAUUGCGUCCUUCAUCAGGCGCUUAAAUUAAUAGUAUGUUUCGAGGAAGUGAAUGGAGUUAACAGGCCAAGUUUGUGUACAGACAUUACCGCGUGACGGUGGACUUCUUAGCAGGUACUACUACUACUACUAACUAUGAGUCAUAGGAUAUGAGUUUAGGGAAUGGGGGAUAGUCAAUGUGGAGAGCUGGACUACCUGAUCCAGGAUGAGGACACCAUCAUCGAAGGUGUCAGCAACCAGGUCCUGUUUGUUGUAGUUCUCAGUUUGACCUUCCUGGCGGGCCUCCUCACUCUUCUCUGCAGGCAAGAUGAGCAGAAUAUCCACCCUGAGAACCAGGAGCAUGUCCGAGCGGUCCGACAGCAGCUUCAAACUGAACAGGAUGAAAACCCUCAGGCAGAGGCCAGGCAGCAGUUCUACACAGACAUGUCUUGCCCCGUCUGUUUGCAGCAGGCGGUUCUGCCCGUGGAAACAAACUGUGGACACCUUUUCUGUGGCUCCUGCAUCAUGGCUUACUGGAGAUAUGGCACCUGGCUUGGUGCCAUCCACUGCCCAAUCUGCAGACAAAUUGUAACCCUGCUCUUCCCCCUUUUCCAUGAGCACGCUGCUCCUCAGAGGGUUCAGGAUGGAGAGGCACAACCUCAGCUUAUAUUGAGAGACAUCAAUGAUUAUAACCGAAGGUUCUCUGGCCAGCCCAGAUCUUUGAUGGACAGGCUGCGCGACGUUCCCACCCUGCUUCGUCACGCCUUCAGGGAGAUGUUUUCAGUGGGCGGGCUCUUCUGGAUGUUCAGAAUUCGGAUUCUCCUCUGUCUUGUCGGUGCUCUUACCUACCUGGCCUCACCGCUCGACAUCCUCCCCGAAGCGCUCUUCGGCCUUCUGGGUUUCAUGGACGACUUCUUUGUAAUCCUCCUUCUGUUUGUGUACAUCUCAAUCAUGUACAGAGAGGUGGUCACUCAAAGACUGAACGGAUAGGAGACCACAUGAUGAGAAAAAAAACAAAACAACCUCUGCAUCAUAGAGGAGAGCAAACAAAUCACAGCGUGCAAAACGAAUUUUAAUGGGAUUUUUUUCCAUCUGAUGGCUUUAUUUUGAUGUCUAAAUAUUAUGUAAAUACAAUUUAAAGUAAUUCAGGUUUAAUAAUUCUGUCUAUAAAGUUCAUAAAAGGAAUUCAAGAUGAAUUGUUUACAGUCCACCCAUAAUGGACAUUGCUGCAGCAGGAGAAUCAUAGACACUGAUGGAACAUUUUUGACAGCACUGAAUUGAUGAAAGUGUCUCCAAUAAAAGGAUUUAAAGCUGAAAGUGUGCAUGUGGAAAUCCCAGUGUCAGUCAUGUUUAUUUGAAAGAAUAAAAAAGCUAAAAAAAAAUU